AUUAAACACUCGUUCGUCUAACAUACAUUACAUUUUUACAAUGAAAACAAUUUUUUUUAAACAAAAAUAUAUUGUGCCAAUUUACGCCUUCAUCAUUAUUAUAUGGAUGUUGGCAGGGUACCACCUUAUCAUUGCAACAACAAAGUAUACAGAAGAUACAGAAGAUUUAAAUGAAAGAAUAUCAGGCAAUUUAAACACAGAAUUAUCAGUAAACAAAUGGUUGAAACAAAUCCAACAAGAAGAAAUAAAAAAACCGAAUAUAAUACUGAAUCAACCUUUUCAGAAACACAUAAUAUACCAAAAGGAACAGUAUGGCGACAUGGGUAAACCGGUAGAGCUACCUAAAGACCUUUCACCUGAAAUUCAGAAAAUAAUUGAUGAUGGAUGGAGAAAAAACAGCUUCAAUCAGUACGUCAGUGAUUUAAUAAGUGUUAAAAGAUCUUUACCAGAUCCACGAGACGAAUGGUGCACCUAUCCAUACAGGUACAAUGUGAAAUUACCAAAAACAUCUGUUAUAAUCUGUUUUUAUAACGAAGCUUGGUCAGUAUUACUGAGAACGGUUCAUUCGAUACUAAAUAGGUCUCCUCCGAAUCUUAUACACGAGAUUAUACUGAUCGAUGAUUUUUCCGAUAUGGAUCAUCUUAAACAACCAUUAGUAGACUAUUGGGCUAACGAAUAUAAGGUUAGAAUUAUUAGAAAUAAGAAACGAGAAGGUUUGAUUAGAGCUAGGUUGAUAGGUACCGCCCACGCUAAGGGAGAGGUACUCACUUUUCUAGAUUCCCAUAUCGAAGUAGCACCAGGUUGGUUAGAACCGCUUCUAGACCGAAUAAACACCAAUUACACAACAGUCGUUUGUCCAGUUAUAGAUACUAUUAAAGCCGAUACAUUUGAGUACGCUUACGGAAAUGAAGUUUUCGUGGGCGGCUUUGACUGGAACCUGUUGUUUUCCUGGCACAGCAUACCGGAACGCGAAAACAAAAAUAGGUUUAAUCCUGCGGAGCCAGUGAAUAGCCCCACAAUGGCAGGAGGACUAUUUAGUAUCAGCAAGAAAUUUUUCGAAGAAUUGGGGACUUAUGAUGAAGGGUUUGAGGUUUGGGGUGCAGAAAAUUUAGAAUUAUCUUUCAAGACUUGGAUGUGCGGCGGUACCUUAGAAAUAAUACCAUGUUCUCACGUAGGACAUGUAUUUAGAGAUAGCUUUCCGUACGGUCCUUCUAAGAAUGAUUCUAAUGAAAAUUAUUUACGAAGGAAUUUACGUAGAUUAGCUGAAGUGUGGCUAGACGAUUACAAGAAGUAUCAUUAUCAACGAAGAGGUGAACCUGAUGUACCAAUGGGUGAUAUCACUGAAAGAAUAAAAUUGCGCAAGAACCUUGGUUGCAAGUCGUUCAAAUGGUUUAUAGACAAUGUAUAUCCUGAACUCUUUAUACCAGAAUUUAUCAAAGGUUAUGGCAUGAUUGGUGCUAACCAAAUGUGUCUAGACAACUGGGUUGAAAGUAAUGAUAUCUAUCAACCUAUAACAUUAAAAAAAUGCUACUCUACAAGUCUUGGUGGCAGUCAGUUUUGGUACUAUAGUGAUAAAAAUGAGAUUAGAAAAGAGGAGUAUUGCGUUGAUUACAGUGGGGAUGAAAACAUAGGCGUUCGUCUGUACCCUUGCCAUGGUAAUUAUGGGACACAACAAUGGGAUUAUCAACAAGAAACCGGGUUUAUAAUUAAUCCACUAUCUCAGCGUUGUUUAAAAGUUAGUGACGAUAUGUCUAAUUUAGAAGUUAAAAAUUGUGAUAGUGGUGAUGUUAACCAAAGAUGGAUUAUAGAAAAUGUACGAAUUGGUUGAAAUGGUGUUUUUGAAUAGUUUGCAAAUCUGGUUUAAGAAUAAUGAAAAUAAGUUUCCCUUUUAGUUUGUUAUGAUCCAGGUAUUUAAAUAUAGUAUAUUAAUAAUGAUAAGAAUUAAAGAAACUAAAUACAUCAUUUAAAAAAUAACUACGAUUAACAUUACAAAAGUUAAAAUGAAAAUAAAACGAAAUUGCCAAUUUGAAUAUGAUUGGAGUAAAAUUAAAUUUGACAUUACCGUAAAAAUGUAAAUGUUAAAUAUUUUAUGUUUAUGAUAUGUAUAAUUUUAAAAAUGUACUCACCUAAAUUGUAUACUGGAAGUUUAAUAAUAUUUCAAAAAGUAAAAUACGUUAAUUAAAUAAAAUUCUGAAUAAUUAUAAAUCCAUUAAAUCCGACAAAGAAAGGGAAUCUCUUAUAAUAAAAAGUUACGUAUUAUUACAAUAUGUGUAUAGUAUAUUGACUUUUUAAAAGAAAAACUAGAUCAAAAAUCUCUCUUUACAAAAUUUCCAAACUUCGAUUCAUUGGAUAGGUACAAGUUGAUACAGAUCAUGUUUCUAUGUAGUUUGCAAUAUCUAGGGUUCCUCAGGGUACGAAUCUGGGUCCAUUUUUAUUUUCCUAUCUUUAUAAAGAAUGAUCUUUCUUAUUAUAUUAGUUCAUUUAUUUUACUGGAAUUGAAUGUAUUUUCUUAAGUAAGUAAAAGCAAUAUUUAUUUUAAUACAUUUUUAAUAGUAAAUGGUAUUUUUUUAGUUUUUACUUUCCUAUCUGUAUACAGAUAUAAGGAAAGUAUAGGAAUCAGAUUUUUUUUCGACCUCGAGUUUUCGACGGAUUUUUACGUUUUGAGGUCCCCUGAAUCCGUUUUGACUAUUUUCGCGAUGAUCUCUGUGUGUCUGUGUGUGUGUCUGUGUGUCGCAUAACUAAUGAACCGAUAUACAUAAAAACACCAAAUUUUAAACUUAAGCUUUGUUCCAGCGUCCAAUAAACUGAUUAGAUUUUGAGUAGAGUCUUAACAUCUGGGAGGGGGGUAUUUUAUGGGUGGUCAUUUUUAUAUUUUAUAGAAUUUAUCUGUUAUUUACGUUUGGGGAAGAAAAUUCUUUAAAUAAAAGUUACUUAUUAUAUUAUUAUCUUACAUUUUUGUUCCAUACAAAAUUUUCCUAAAAUGGUCUGUAUUCGAG